AUGGAAGAAGAAUUAGAUUUAUCAGAUAUGGAGUGUGAAGAUAUAGAUGAUGAUGUCCUUGGCGUAAACUUCAAUAUUAUCUCAAUUAUACGAAGACAUUUAGAAAUAACGACUGCUUUGGCUGCGGUAACAAUGUUAUGCAUUGUUGGACACGCAUUGACUAUAUUGGAAAUGUACUCGAGUGAGUGUAGUAGUGUAACAAUUUCCCUACCAGAAAGAGAUCGUCGUAGGGACAAAUUAAUGUCAUAUCUUGUGCACACUAAUCGGUGCCGCGACAUUAUUAGGAUGGGUCCAGAGGCAUUUAUUAAUCUUUGUGAUAGACUAAGAUCAACUGGGUUAGUUAAGGACAGCAUUCGGUCGACAGUGGCGCAACAAGUGGCUCAAUUUCUUCAUAUAAUUGGGCAUAAUGUUAAGAAUCGAAGUGUUGGUUUUUUCUUCCAUCGAUCGGGUUCGACGGUUAGCAGACACUUUCACAAUGUGUUGGAUGCUGUAAUAAGUUUGGAAUCUGAAUUUCUCAUUCAACCCUCAGGAAAUGAGGUUCAACCAUAUAUCUUGAACAACAAUCGAUUUUACCCGUACUUUAAGGAUUGUUUAGGGGCCAUAGACGGUACUCAUGUUCGUGUAAAGGUUCCAAGAUCUGAUGCUUCGAGAUUUCGAGGAAGAAAAGAUUUGCCAACUCAAAAUGUGUUCGCUGCGUGUGAUUUUGACAUGAAAUUCACAUAUGUCCUUGUUGGGUGGGAAGGCACUGCAUCAGAUUCAAGAAUUUUAAAAAAUGCUCUUGAUCGAGAUGAUCCGUUAGUUAUACCCCAAGGAAAAUACUACCUUGGUGAUGCUGGAUUUAUGUUGAAAAGCACNGUUUUGACUCCAUAUAGAGGCGUCAGAUAUCACCUUAAGGAAUAUACACGUAGAGGACCACAAAAUGCACGCGAGUUGUUUAAUCAUCGACAUUCAUCGUUGAGAAAUGUUAUUGAAAGAACAUUUGGUGUGUUGAAAAAAAGAUUCCCCAUAAUUGCAAGCGGCACUGAACCACACUAUGAAUUGGAGACAAUGACAAAGAUUAUCUUAGCAUGUUGUAUCUUACACAACUUCCUUCGUAGCGUGGAUAAUGAUGACUCAUUACUUCACGAAGUUGAUAAUGAGUUGACUGAAAGAGAAGAGCAUAAUGCUUCAUCGUCUCAAGUUAGGGAAGAGGAUCAUAGGAUGGUUAGUAGUAUUAGGGAUGCCAUAGCAGAUCAUAUGUGGCGAGAUUAUCAGAAUUCUUAG